AUGAUGUCAUCGCCACCCCACCGCCGCAGGGAACGGGCGGCCGCUGCAGGGGCCUCCAGGGAUGCUGUCGGCAGACUUUGUUCUCGCCGAGCUAAUGAAACUGUGUUUCAGACGAAGACACGGAUACACCUGUCUUCUGCUCCCAGGUUGAGCAGCAAGAAAAGUAAUACAGCUUUAUGCCAGUAUAUACAGGCCUCUAAAGCCCGAGAUGGUGCCAGCCGUUUCAUUUCAAGUGCAACAGAAGGGGAAAACUUUGAACAGACUCCGCUAAGACGCACAUUUAAAUCCAAAGUUCUUGCUCGCUAUCCUGAGAAUGUUGAAUGGAACCCUUUUGACCAGGAUGCAGUGGGAAUGCUGUGUAUGCCUAAAGGGCUUGCUUUCAAGACACAAGCAGAUUCCAGAGAACCUCAGUUCCACUCUUUUAUUAUCACUCGUGAAGAUGGCUCACGGACAUUUGGAUUUUCUCUCACGUUUUUUGAGGAAGUUACUAGCAAGCAGAUCUGCAGUGCGAUGCAGACGUUGUAUCACAUGCACAAUGCUGAAUAUGACAUUCUUCAUACUCCACCCACAAAUGACAAAGAUAGCUGCAGCAGCACUGGAGACUGCAAUGGCACUUCUGUUUCAAAGCUACAGCGUUUUAACUCCUAUGACAUCAGCAGAGACACGCUCUAUGUCUCAAAGUGUAUUUGUCUCAUUACUCCAAUGUCUUUCAUGAAAGCUUGUAAGAAAGUCCUAGAACAACUUCACCAAGCAGUGACUUCACCUCAGCCACCACCUCUACCUUUAGAAAGCUACAUCUACAAUAUUCUCUAUGAGGUUCCUCUUCCUCCAGCAGGAAGGUCGUUAAAAUUUUCGGGUGUUUAUGGACCAAUUAUCUGCCAGAGGCCAAGCACCAGCGAACUACCAUUAUUUGAUUUUCCAGUUAAAGAAGUUUUUGAAUUGCUUGGAGUAGAAAAUGUGGUUCAACUCUUUACCUGUGCCCUCUUGGAAUUUCAGAUACUACUUUAUUCACAGCAUUAUCAGAGGCUGAUGACUGUGGCAGAGACCAUCACAGCACUAAUGUUUCCAUUUCAGUGGCAGCAUGUGUAUGUUCCUAUUCUUCCAGCAUCCCUCCUUCAUUUUCUGGAUGCUCCUGUCCCUUACCUCAUGGGCUUGCACUCUAAUGGGCUGGAUGACAGGUCUAAGCUGGAACUUCCUCAAGAGGCUAACCUGUGUUUUGUGGAUGUAGACAACCAUUUCAUCGAGCUGCCAGAAGACUUACCCCAGUUCCCAAAUAAACUUGAGUUCAUUCAGGAAAUUUCAGAGAUUCUAAUGGCUUUUGGAAUUCCACCCGAGGGAAACCUUCACUGCAGUGAAAGUGCCUCCAAGAUGAAGAGCCUCAGAGCAUGUGACCUGGUUUCUGAUAAAAGAAAUGGCAACAUAGCAGGAUCACCUUUGAAUUCCUAUGAGCUGCUGAAGGAAAAUGAGACUAUUGCAAGACUUCAAGCACUUGUAAAAAGAACAGGUGUGAGUCUGGAAAAGCAACUGGAAGUGCGAGAGGAGACCAGUAGCAAAAAGGAUCUUAAAAUUCAGUGCGAUGAAGAAGAAUUCAAGAUUUACCAGCUGAACAUUCAAAUCCGUGAAGUUUUUGCCAACCGCUUUACACAGAUGUUUGCGGAUUAUGAAGUAUUCGUCAUUCAGCCCAGUCAGGACAAGGAAUCUUGGUUUACAAACAGGGAACAGAUGCAAAACUUUGAUAAAGCAUCUUUCUUGUCGGACCAGCCUGAACCUUAUUUGCCUUUCCUCUCGAGAUUUCUGGAGACCCAAAUGUUUGCAUCUUUUAUUGACAAUAAGAUUAUGUGCCAUGAUGAAGAUGAUAAAGACCCUGUUUUGAGAGUAUUUGAUUCUAGGGUGGAUAAAAUUAGGCUGCUAAACGUUAGGACACCGACUCUGCGCACAUCUAUGUAUCAAAAGUGCACAACCAUUGAUGAGGCUGAGAAAUCUAUUGAAUUACGGCUAGCAAAAAUAGAUCACACUGCAGUCCACCCACACCUGCUGGACAUGAAAAUCGGACAAGGGAAAUACGAGCUUGGUUUUUUUCCCAGGCUUCAGUCUGAUGUUUUAUCCACUGGACCAGCAAGCAACAAAUGGACAAAGAGAAAUGCUCCUGCACAGUGGAGGCGGAAGGACAGACAGAAACAACACACAGAGCACCUGCGUCUUGACAAUGAUCAGAGAGAGAAGUAUAUCCAAGAGGCCAGGAAUCUAGGCAGUACUAUUCGACAGCCCAAAUUGUCUAACCUCUCGCCAUCGGUAAUUGCACAAACAAACUGGAAAUUUGUAGAAGGCUUGUUGAAAGAAUGCCGAAAUAAGACCAAGAGGAUGUUGGUUGAAAAAAUGGGUCGAGAAGCUGUGGAGCUAGGUCAUGGUGAAGUGAAUAUCACAGGUGUAGAAGAGAAUACCCUGAUAGCCAGUCUGUGUGACCUCUUAGAAAGGAUAUGGAGCCACGGUCUGCAAGUCAAACAGGGAAAGUCUGCUUUGUGGUCUCAUCUAUUACACUACCUAGAAAACAGACAAAGAAAAACUACAUCAGGCAGCUUCAGUACCUCGGGAAUACUUCUUGAUUCAGAAAGGAGAAAGUCUGAUACCAGUCCAGCCAUGUCACCUCUUAGAAUAUCUCUCAUUCAGGAUAUGAGGCAUAUCCAGAACAUUAGUGAGAUCAAAACAGAUGUUGGCAAGGCCAGAGCCUGGGUUCGUCUCUCUAUGGAAAAGAAGUUGCUCUCUAGGCAUCUAAAACAGCUGCUUUCAGAUCAUGAACUCACAAAAAAACUCUACAAGCGUUAUGCAUUCCUCCGCUGUGAUGAUGAGAAAGAACAAUUCUUAUAUCAUCUCCUGUCAUUCAAUGCUGUUGAUUACUUUUGCUUUACCAAUGUUUUCACAACAAUCUUGAUACCGUACCAUAUAUUGAUUGUUCCUAGCAAGAAACUUGGUGGUUCAAUGUUUACAGCCAAUCCUUGGAUCUGUAUCUCGGGAGAGCUGGGUGAAACAGGAGUCCUGCAGAUUCCCAGGAAUAUAUUAGAAAUGACUUUUGAGUGCCAGAACCUGGGAAAACUGACCACAGUGCAAAUAGGACAUGAUAAUUCGGGGCUGUAUGCCAAGUGGCUAGUGGAAUAUGUUAUGGUCAGAAAUGAAAUAACAGGGCAUACUUACAAAUUUCCCUGUGGAAGGUGGCUUGGAAAGGGAAUGGAUGAUGGCAGCUUAGAGAGGAUCCUGGUGGGAGAGUUGCUGACUUCCCACACUGAGGCUGAUGAACGACAGUGCCGAACUCCUCCUUUGCAGCAGUCACCGAGCAUGAUCAGAAGAUUUGUCACUAUAUCGCCAAACAAUAAGCCCAAGUUAAAUACUGGUCAGAUACAAGAAGCUAUUGGUGAAGCUGUCAAUGGUAUUGUCAAGCAUUUCCACAAGCCAGAGAAGGAGAGAGGCAGUCUGACACUGUUGCUAUGUGGAGAAAGUGGACUUGUUUCAGCUCUUGAGCAAGUGUUUCAGCAUGGAUUUAAAUCACCAAGACUCUUCAAAAAUGUCUUUAUUUGGGACUUUUUAGAAAAAGCACAAACAUACUAUGAGACCCUUGAACAGAAUGACAUGGUCCCUGAAGAGAACUGGCAGACAAGGGCCAGGAAUUUCUGCCGUUUUAUCACUGCCAUCAAUAACACCCCUAGAAACAUUGGGAAGGAUGGCAAGUUUCAGAUGCUGGUGUGUCUUGGAGCCAGAGACCACCUUUUGCAUCACUGGAUCGCCCUGCUUGCAGACUGCCCGAUUACAGCACAGAUGUAUGAAGACAUAGCACUGAUUAAGGAUCAUACUCUUGUGAAUUCUUUGAUUCGAGUGCUGCAAACCUUGCAGGAGUUCAACAUUACGCUGGAGGCAUCUCUUGUUAAAGGAAUCGAUAUUUGACCUCUUGUCCCACAGGAAAAACUGUCUAUAAAAAAAACCAACCAAGCAACAAGGAGUGGAUCUUGUUAGUUUGCAAGAGUUCUGUCUGCCAGCACACUGUAUCGUGAACUCGUUCAUGGCCCUAACAUGCGACUUUGACUGUUCUUGAAGGAAACUCCAAAAAUAGUACAGGCAAAUGGAUAGAAGCUGUAAACUCAAUGUAAAAAAGAGGAUUUUGGUAUAAAUCUAUUUUAGAGUUUAUUUGCUGAUUUGCUUUUUACACACUUUCAUGUGAAAGAGAUAGAGAUGAGUAUUGUGCAGCUUAUUUUAAAGCUGCAGUAUUUCCUUGCCAUAGAAAAUGUGCGGUGAGCCUUUCAGCAUUCUGUGAACUUGCCUUCAGAUAUGCUGUAUGUCAUAGACCCCAAUGUAUACACUCCAUUUCAGCUGAGAAGGUCAUUCUAUAGUUUUUAAACUAAUAUUUUAUAUAUUAACAUUAUUACCAAUGUUUGAUUUUUAACGUACUGGGUCAUGUUUUGCUGCAAGGGAACUACAAAUCUGAUGUGUGCUUUUUUUAAUAGCUCCAAAGCACUGAUGUGUCAACAAAUCAAUUUUUUCCUUUAUUUUUGUUGUCAGUAUUAUUUUUAGUGAAAUCCAGGAGAUGGAACCGUGAAAUGUGCAGAGAUCAAAGUAAUAUUUUUCAUAUUGGUACGUAAUUGCACAGAAGAAAUUAAGUGUGUUUUUUAACUGGUAUUUUUAUUUAUUUAACCUAUUGUUGUGUUUUGUAAGUUUGUCUUUAAAAAAAAAAUCUUCUGUCAUACAGCUGGCUAUAUUAUGUUGCAAUUCAGAAUUUACAGUGCAGCCCACUUAAAUGAAAAACCUGGAAUAACACAGAAAUGUUUCCCCUUAAACCAGCCGUUUGCAGUUUGUUAUAUGGUUGCUGCUGGUAAUUUUCUUAACUGCUAAUAA